CAGCGUCCGGCGCCGUUGCGGGCGCCGUUGCGGGCGCCGGCGCCGGCGCCGGCGCCGUCGCAGGCGCCGUUUCGGGCGAAAUGGGGGGCGCGGGUGCAGGCGCCACGCGCUCGUAAUUCUCUCUCGCUUCCUGCAACACGACCUCGGUGUCCGCGAGAAGCUGGGCGGUCUCCUGCAGCGCCGGGCCGUCCUGCGCGAUGCGGGCCUGGUCCUCCGCGUUCGCCUCGGCGAGCGACUGGAGGAUGGCUCUUUGCUCGUCGAGCCUGUCCUGCCUGCGUGGACGCCAAUAGCCUGAGACGUGUGUGGGGCCUGAACUUUGAGUUCCGCGCCGUCGCCCGCAGGACGUCGAGCUGCACGCGGAUGUUAUCGCGUUCGUCGGGCCCGAGGGCCGUCCCGCGCCCGCGGCCGGCCAUCCCGCGCCCGCGGCCGGCCAUCCCGCAGUUGUUCUUGCCGCGUUUGGGCUGCGGACAGCACUCACCUACCGUGCGGCGCGCGCCGGCGGCGGUGCGGCGCGCGCCAGCGCCGGGCUGCCCCAGCGGGCGGUUGCGAUGGGAUUCGGGCCGGCGGGACCGGCGGGCGCUUUUUACGGGGCGGAUAGUCAAAGAUGUGCAGCCUCUUAAUAACGAUGCC